AUGUCAGUCGAAGCAAAAACGUUCACGAACAAAUCUAAUGGCGAAACAUUCACAAAAGGCACUUACAACGGUAUUGAAGUCUUACGUAGAGACAAGGAUGGUUAUAUAAAUGCAACAAAUAUGUGUCAGCAGUUUAGGAAGGACUUUAGAAGGUUGUUGGAAAAUAAGUCCUGGGAAGAGUAUUUUGAGGCAUUUUGUGAAGAAUAUACCAACCCGCGGAAAACAGCGGGUUGCUUUUUAUACAAAAUUCAUGCAGGAAUUCCUGAUGAAAUCAAACAGGUUAGAGGAAUGUAUGUAGACCCAAGACUUGUAAACUAUAUAGCAAUGUGGGCUUCUCCAAAAUAUUGCAUAGCAGUUGGAAAAAUUAUGGACUCCAUAGACAAGAAAGUUCAUGAGAAAUUAGAUGAAGAAGAACUUGAAGAUACAGUAGAGAAUGCAAAACCUUUGUUCGAAGAAGAA